GGAGCAUACUGGACUGCUGGUUGCUUUUUGUUUUCACAAAGUCCAGCAUAUAACUGCAACCAGUUCUCCUCCUCCCGGCCAAUCAUUGCUCUAGUCUGUUCUGACCAUCUUUCGGCAUGUCUUCGACAGAUGCGUCUCCUAUCGAGGAGACUGGCGUCAUCAUCUGCGGUGGAGGCCCAACGGGCACUGUGCUUUCAGUGCUUCUCGGUCUCAUGAACAUUCCGAAUAUUGUCCUAGAGCGGGAGAAGGAAAUCACAACCGACCCGAGAGGCAUUGCGCUCGAUGAAGAUGGUAUUCGCAUAUUACAAUCCAUCGGGAUAUACGAUCGGAUAUAUUCCGAGAUCGGCACAUGCAUGGAGAAAUUCAACUUUGUCACGGGUUCUGGAACGGAUCCGAGAAAGAAGCCAUUACUAUCGAUGCAGUAUAGGACGACAGAAGGCGGGACGGGCCAUGUCGGCUUCAUCUGCCACAAACAGCCGGCCAUGGAGAAGGCCAUCAGAGACCAGAUUGAGAAGACGCCAGCCUCCGAGAUAAGGACAGAGUCUACAGUCACAGGUGUUAGUGAGGACCAAGACUAUGCACACGUCGACUACAUCGAUGCAAACGGAACAAAUCAUCGUAUCAAAGCCCGGUUCCUGGUCGGGGCUGACGGAAAGACUGGCUACGUCCGGAAAAUGUACCUCGAACCGAAAGGAAUUGUUAUGGCCAAGUCUGAGAUGACAAGUUACGAGGAGACGUGGGUUGCCUUGAACUGGCAGAUCACGCUGCCGGACGAGAAGUCACACCCAGACUUUCCGCUCUGGCAACUCGGCUACACUCCAACGGAGGUGUACGACCUAUUCUUCCCCAAAGACUUCCGCUUUUUGUGUAACUCAAAGCGACCGUCAGUUUGCGGACGGUUCGGCCUGCCCGCAGAUCGGUUAUGGCGAUUCGAAUUUGUAGUUCAGAAGGGCGAAGACGGCAACCGAAUGGCCAGUCCUGAGGAAACACGCAAAAUCAUCUAUCCGUACAUCACGCACCCUGGGAGUCGCUAUGGUCUUGCACAGCCUGUGAGAUAUCCCGAGGACUGCAUCAAGACUUUACGGUCGCGUCCUUUUUCCUUUGUCGCUAGAAGUUGCAACAAGUGGGCCCUGGGCAGAGUCAUCUUAGCAGGUGAUGCUGCCCACGUCUUCCCUCCGUUCGGCGGGCAGGGCAUUGCCUCGGGCUUUCGAGACGCCUCAGCCUUGGCAUGGAGACUUGCUCUCCUGCAUCGCAACCCGGGGGCGGACCACGAGAAGAUCCUCGCUGCCUGGUAUACGGAACGCAAGCAACAACUCGACAGAUCGCUCGCCGCCACUGUCCGGAAUGGCGAAUAUGUCACCGAGUCCGAUCCGUUCAAGGUCUUCGUCCGGGAAUGGUACAUGUGGGCAAUUCAGUUGGUUCCGAGCUACCGAAAAGAGAUCGAACUCGGAGCUCGAGCAGCGGGCAUGACGAAAUAUCAACACAAGGACGGUCUACCCUUCAUUCCGCAGAUGGAGGGCGGCCGCCUUCUUCCACAAGUCUAUGCGUACAACUUCAAGACUCGGAAAAUCUGCUUCACAGACGACCUGAUUUUUGCACCAGAGAAGGUGGGAUUAUUUCAACUUCUCAUACUCCCGGAGAACGUCGAAGAUGUCGAUAAGCUCAUGAAGGAUAUCGACGAGGUUGACCGUAUUUCGAACAACUUGAUUCAAUCCAAUGAAGCCACAAUUCUCAUCCAGUCGACCGAACCCACUACAGAAGCAGCAGCUCUGGCCCGGCAAGACCUGGCACGCCUUGCCACUGGACAAGAAUUCGCUGCCGAUCCAGUGUUGUGCAAUAAUCGUCCCGAACCCAUCGGCUAUGAUGAACGACGGCUCCAGAGGGAAGUCAAGGGCAAGAAAUAUGUGAUACUCAGACAGGAUCGCUUUGUCUUUGCAGCAUGCAAUACGACUGCCGAGUUGAGGCAGGCCGCAAGCCAACUCGGCAGCAUCCUAUCUCUGGCUGGAUGAAUAGCCAACUACCGGCUAGUGAGGCCAUGCGUUGUCCUGCUGGGUCCUUGUGUCUCACGCUUUGAGUGUAUGAGUGAACCCCGGUACCGCCGCGGCCCAUCUUGAUUCGAGUAUUGUCCUGGAAAGCAUAGCAUGGAACCUGUCGUACCAAUCUCUGGUGGUAGUUGUGGGACGUUUGCGAUCUGGUAGGAUUAGAGUCUGCUGAGGCUUUAUCGGAUAAUGAAUCAAGAUGCACGUCACUAACUUACUGCAUUUGGCACACAAGGAGCCGAGACUUAAGACUUACCUAUCUAUCGUGCAU